CACGCCAAAAAUUUCGGAAAACACGGACACACGGUGCCUUCUCUAAUCCCUCCUCCUCUUUGGCGUAAAAAGCUCGACCUCAUAGCCUCUAUAAUAUCCCACACCUCUCCUCCUUCCCCGCUCUGCUUGGCUCCAUUUGUGUAUCGGUGACGAACUAUGGCUCUGCUACUCUGCAAUGCAAUACACCCCAAACCCUCUCUCUUGAAAGUUCACCACAGACGCCUCCAAUCCGAUUCCAACACCAGACUCCGCGUCUCUCUUCCCAACACUUCCUCUACCCCCAGAGGACGCAUUCUUUUCCGUCCCCCAAAAUCAGCUUCAAUCAACGGGUUCUCUGUCCACAACGCUGCAGAAGCUUCCAGGGAGCAAGACAUCGAGCCUUUCGAGAGGCUUCGGAGAUGGAGUCGCGUUGUCCGGUCGGUCUUGCCCUGGGGAAAAUGGUGGAGCUUCGACGAAGACGUCGAAUUAAAAUUACUGGCCGAGCCGGUGACCGUGUUGCAGGCUCUUACCCGAAUGUGGAACCUCGUCGCUCAAGACCGUUGGGUCAUCUUCGCCGCAUUCGCUGCCCUAAUUCUCGCGGCGCUUUCGGAGAUUUCGGUGCCGCAUUACUUGACGGCGUCUAUAUUUUCGGCACAGAGUGGUGAAGUCGCGGUAUUCCAUCGGAAUGUGCGUCUCUUGGUUCUGCUGUGCGUCACUUCAGGAAUAUUCAGUGGUCUGCGAGGUUGCUGCUUCGGCAUUGCAAAUAUGAUCCUCGUCAAGCGAAUGAGGGAAACAUUAUAUGCUUCCCUUCUCCUGCAGGAUAUAUCCUUUUUUGACUCUGAAACAGUUGGUGAUUUGACAAGUAGGCUUGGGGCGGAUUGUCAACAAGUGUCACGGGUUAUUGGGAAUGAUCUUAAUAUGAUAUUACGCAAUGUUCUACAGGGAGCGGGUGCAUUGGUUUACUUGCUAACUAUAUCUCGGCCACUUGGUUUGUGUACAUUGAUGAUAUGCUCUACAUUAUCAGCAGUUAUGCUGCUCUAUGGCAGGUACCAAAAGAAGGGAGCUAGGUUAAUCCAAGAAUGUACUGCUUCUGCCAAUGAAGUUGCUCAGGAGACCUUCUCUUUGAUGAGAACUGUUCGCGUUUAUGGAACAGAGGAAGAUGAACUUAGAAGAUACACGCAUUGGAUGGGCAAACUAGCUGAUAUAAGCUUGCGACAAAGUGCUGCAUAUGGUUUUUGGAACCUGAGCUUCAAUACUCUUUAUCACUCAACUCAGGUUAUUUCUGUGCUGUUGGGAGGAGCGUCUAUUCUAGCUGGCCAUAUAACAGCAGAGCAACUUACAAAGUUUAUAUUGUACAGCGAAUGGCUAAUUUAUUCAACAUGGUGGGUGGGGGACAAUUUAUCAUCUUUGAUGCAAUCUGUUGGAGCAAGUGAAAAAGUCUUCCAGUUGAUGGAUCUCUUGCCCAGUGAUCAAUUCAUAUCAAAAGGAUUGAAGUUGCGACGGCUGUUGGGACAUAUUGAGUUUGUAAAUGUUUCUUUUCAUUAUCCUUCAAGGCCAACAGUACCUGUACUUCAACGUGUAAGCAUUUCAGUGCAUCCUAACGAAGUGGUUGCAAUCGUUGGUCUUAGUGGUAGUGGAAAGAGCACACUGGUGAAUCUUUUGCUCCGUCUUUAUGAGCCGACAAAUGGUCAGAUUUUGGUAGAUGGCAUCCCUCUUAAAGAGUUGGACGUCAUGUGGUGGAGGGAAAGAGUUGGAUUUGUGGGACAGGAACCUAGACUUUUCCGUAUGGAUAUUAGUUCAAACAUCAGAUAUGGAUGUACUCGAGAUGUAAAGCAGGAGGAUGUUGAAUGGGCUGCCAAGCAGGCAUAUGCCCAUGACUUCAUCACAUCACUGCCUAAUGGUUACCAAACACUUGUUGAUGAUGAUUUGCUUAGUGGGGGACAAAAGCAGCGAAUAGCCAUUGCUCGGGCCAUUCUUAGGGACCCAACUGUAUUGAUCCUUGAUGAAGCCACUAGUGCACUAGAUGCAGAGAGUGAACACAAUGUCAAGGGUGUUCUUCGUGCUGUCAGAAGUGACUUGACGACAAAGAGAAGUGUCAUAAUUAUCGCACACAGGCUUUCUACAAUUCAAGCUGCUGACCGGAUUGUGGUAAUGGAUGGUGGUCAACUUGUUGAGAUGGGCAGUCACAAUGAGCUUCUCGGCAAGGAUGGCUUAUAUGCUCGACUGAAUAGAAGACAGGCUGAUGCUGUUUCAUGAUCUUGGAUUGCUUAGAUAUUCACCUUUUGUUUCUCCUUAGACUUCUUUGAUGCAGUAUGGAGGUUCAAGCAUCUUUUUCACUGCUGAACCAUGUAUCAUAAUAUUCAAAAACAAGAACGCAGAAUAUUUUGGAAAACGACAAAAGGAGUAUACAAAUAUGCUACUGAAGCUGUUGCAGGCAGUACAUUUUCAGACUCCCUAAAUCAUGGGAAGCAGCUUCAGAAAGCAUGACCGAGUGUAACAAUCAAAGGAUGUCUAGCUGAACAUCAGCCCUAGUAGUUGUCAGGCAUACUGGCACCGAUUAAAUGUAAUUUGAUUAAUUUAUAGGUUGACUUCUUCAGACUCAACCAAGUUAUCAGGCAUAUAUGGCACACAUUUUCCCUUCUACUGCA